AUGAAUGUGAUAACUACAUUUAUCAUAUCAUUUAUAGUAUUGCUACUACUUGUCAUUGGCAGUUGUAGUAGUAGUGAUAGUGCAGUCGUUGGAGCACAAAAGAGUGGUAGCAAUGUUAGUGGAUAUGUAAGGAACCCAAUACUAAGAUUCUCGAGAACACUAUUGACACCAGACUCUACAAGAGAUCAACUUAAAUGUGUUGGAGGUACUGCUAGAUCAUCUCCACAAGAAGAACCUCCUUAUAUAUUCUGUAUAGUUGAUAGAUUAGAUAUUUAUGAUAAGAAUGCAACAUUUGUUUGUCAGAAUCCUGUAACAGCCAAUCAAGUUACAUUAUACAAUUAUAAGGUUUAUUGUGAAAAGGAUCCAAAUGAUCCUACUGACUACACAUUUGGUGAUGAUCAUCCUUGUUAUGCAGAAUUUCAUAUGGAUUGGGUUCAAGGAAGCAAAUUAAAAGUGUUGGGAUGGGGAACUCUUGGAGUUUUAUUCUUUUAUCUAUUGUUGAAUAGAAAUCAAAAUACAUAUUAUCAACAAAUCAAUAAUCCAAUGUCAUUUCCAAGAGAAGCAUCAAACCCAAAAUAUUCCAUCAACUAA